AUGUACUCGAUGCUGCCCUCUGCCUCCGCCCCCGCGGCGUCGUCCCUCCCUGGGGCAGUCCCUGCGCUCCUGACCGCCGCGAGUCCGAACGCCGCGGGCCUUCCCACCGCAGGAGGCAACACUGCCGCUGCGCGCUCUGCGUCGCCCUCUGUCGUCGCGUCUAACAACCUCGUGGCUGCGGCGCUACGUAAUCUGCCUUCCUCGUUCGGUUUGCAGCCGCUGCAGCAGCUUCAACCGCGCUUUGUGCCGCAGCAGGCCCCCGCCGACGGGGCGACUGCGAGCCCCUCGCCCUCUCCUCCUAUCUCCUCCUCAUUGCCCGGCGUGGCUUCGGCCUUGUCCAGUCGCCCACCGUCGUCGGGCGCGACCGCAGCGGCGGACGCCGCCGGGGUGAGUGCCCCCGCCGCGGCGCUCUCGCAGAACUCUCUCGUCCUCAGCGCGGCUAGCGAAGCCUUAGGCGCUCGCAGAAGGAGCUCGGGGGUCAGCGCCCCGGGUGCGACGGUCUUUCCUGCCGCUGCGCCGCCGACGCUUCCCGCAGGUGCCACGUCUUCCUCCUUGUCGUCUUCGCCCUUCCUCCUCGGCAACCUCCUACAGGCUGCGCUCCUGGGCGCCUCCACGGCCGCCGCCGCGCCCGGUGUAUCUGGCUCUUCGCCGCAUGCGGCGCUUCUGAGCUCCCUCGCCUCGUCUCUGCCUGCAGCCGGAGGCGUGGCAGCCGCAUCCCCCUUCGCCGCGCCGCACUCGCGGUUCUUCGCAUCGCCUCAGGGCCUCUCGAAGGUCCCCCCGGCGGCCGGCGGCGGCGCCUGUGCGAGCCUCAACGGCGCGGUGGUGGUGUCGCAGGCCGCGCAGCCGUCAAACGCUUCGCCCCGCUCCGCCGCAGUCGCGGAACCAGGCGCGGGCGCUGCAGACGCAGCAGCCCGAGAGAAAGACGAAGCCGGCGACGCGGGGGCGUCCCGCGCUCAAGAUGCUGCCGCGCCGGGCGACCGCACGGCUCUCGAGGCGGGGCGGCUGUCCGUGAGCAGAGCGAGACACGGGCUACCCGCGCCCGCCUCGUCUGCUGCCACAACGGCAGCAGACGAGGCCGCGGCAGGCCAGCGGGAGCUCGCCGCGGAGGCGGACGAAGACGCAGUGUGCAGCGUGUGCGUGAUUGGCGAGUGUGAGCAGCAAAACAACAUCGUGUUCUGCGACGAGUGCGGCUGCGCAGUUCACCAGUUCUGCUAUGGCGUCGUGCAGAUCCCCGAGGGGCCAUGGUACUGUUCGCUCUGCACCUGGCUGCGGCGCAAGACGCAAAAGAAGCGCGAUGACGGCCGCGCUGCGGCGGCCCGCGGCGAAGAGUGGAGCGCAGCUGCGGAGGGCGCGACGGACAAGGCGAGCAAGGAGAACGCGACAGGGGCGCCCGACUCCUCUUCUGCGUCCGUAACGGCCACGUCUGCGGCGUCUGGCUCGCAGCCGAGCGACGCGGCGGCUCCGUCUGCGGCUUCUUCUGCGGUAGCUCCGCCCGCGUCGCCUCCCGUGUUGUGUAAGUUGUGCGGCAAGGGAGGCGGGGCGAUGCGGCGGGGGCCUGAGAAGAUCUGGGUUCACAGCUGCUGCGUCUUGUACUGUCGCACGGGGCCGCAGUUCCGCCGCACUCUGCAGCUGGACGAGCCGAUUAACAUCCGCCAGUCGCUCUCGGUCGCGCGCGCCAUGUCGUGGCGCUGCAGCGUGUGUCAGAAGCGCGAGGGGUACCCGAUUUCCUGCGGAUUCCCCGGAUGCACCAGGCGCCAACACGUCACCUGCGCGCGCGCCGCGAAGUGCGUCUGCAUCAUCUCCUCGCUGUGGGAGGGCGACGUCGACGGCGCCGGCCGCGAGCGCGUCUGGAAGGCCGUCUUCUGCCCCGCACACAACGACCCUGUCUCCAUUCAGUACGCCAAGGAAUUCGAGCGCGAGCGAGUCUUCUCGCGCUCGCCGCCGGCGGCGCCCCAGACGGCCGCCGCGACGCCGUUCGCGCAUGCCACCCCCGCCCUCACGGCGGUGCUCGUGCCCCAGGCCUGCGGAGACGACGCACAGGGUGAGACGCAGCACGGCGAAGGAGGCGGAGGCGAAGGAGCCAAGCCGAAGGAGGCGUGUUCCUGUGGGGGGGGCCCGGGCGCUGCGACUCAGCAGUCCAACGGCGUGACAGCGGGGGAAACUGCACCUGGCGUGAAGGAGCAGACAGGCGCGGUCGACGCCGCCGGGGGCGCAAAAAAGGUGAGGGACGCAGCGUCUGCAGAGGCCGGACAGGGAGACUCGAAGGAUGAAAAGGGAAGCGGAGUUCCUUCUGGUAUGGCUGGAGACUGUCAAGAGGAGACGAAGGGCCUCAGACCAGCGCUGUCCCCCUCUGGGCGCUCCGCCCGGACGCAGGCAGCCGGGGCGGGGGGGGGGCCAGGCCCCACACAGACUCUGGGCGUAUCGUCUGCGGCCGGUGCGGUUCAAGCGGGGGGCGCUGGCGAGAGUGGAUGCGCCACAGCGGCGGCUGCCGCGCCGCUGUCGUCCUCGCAGGCGUUGCCUGGCAGCAACGCGUCGUCUCAAAGCUCCUCUUCGUCAUCGCUGCCCGCUGCGUGCGCCGCGCGUGGCGGCGCGCCGACCUCGUCUGUCGCAGCUUCCUCGUCUGCGGCAUCCGCUGGGCUGCCUGCGGCCCUCGCAUCUGGUUCGUCUUCGUUUGCGCAGAACCCGCUGUCUCUGGGCUCUGUCCUCUAUCCUCAGGCCUUCGGGGCCGCCGGCGGUGGCGCCACUGGCGACUCGGGGGGGCCCUAUCCCCCGAGCUCCUGCUGCAGAAGCAGCUGCUCCUGCAGGCCUUGGGCGCGGGUGAAGCCUCAGGGGUUGGCCUUCAGCGGCUUGACUCCAUCGGCGAUUGCGCCGUUGCUCGAGCCUCUCGUCGCGCCCUACGCAACAGCGCAGCAGGCAUUGGGGAAGAAGGAGACUCCCGACGGGCAGCCACGACUUCCAGGCGCUGCGGCUCCGGCGGCGGGGGCGGGCGGAAGCGUGUUGCCCGGUCUCGCUGGCGCGCCGCUUCUCGCGAAUUUCGCAGCGGGCGGGGUCGGCGGCCCUGGGGACAUGCGCGCCGCAGGCGUGCCUCCCGGUCUCGCGCUGCCUUCGUCCUCCCUCGUGGCGGCGCCUCCCGGCGCAGUUGGAGGCGCCAGUCUUCUGGCGCAGCAAUACCAAAACGUUGCGUUCCGGUCUCAGCAGGCCGGGGUCAACACCCCCGUCGGGCUGCUGUACCAGAGCCUGGCCGGCGCCGGGGCUGGCCUCGGCGGCGUAGCCCCGGGGGCGCUCGGCAUCGGAGGCCCGCAAGGGGCGGCGGGCCCCGUAGGCACCCUGCGCGCGGCUUCGCCCGGCGCGCAGUUUGCAUUUCUCACGCCGCAGCAGCUCUUGGCGGCGACGCAGACGCGCGUGGGGGGGCAGGCUCUCGCGGCAGGCGGCGCGCUCCCCGCGGGGGCCAACUGUCUCCUCCAGCCCGGGGCGGGCGCCCUUCCCUUGCGCUUCCCCGGCGCGGCGGACGGAGUCGUCCUCACUGGGGGCGCCCUUCCCGCGAGAGGCGGAGAGGUCGCCGGCGGCGCCAGUCUGAAUGGAGCGCGCGAGAGAGAAGGAGAAGGCCUUCCCGCGCAAGGCGGUGCGUCUCCGGGGGCCGCGGCCUUGGCGUCGCGCGGUGCGGCUGGUGCCCCUGGAGCCGCGGCGGGACGGGGAGAGGCGAAGGGAGACGCCAGUGCGUCUGCGUUUCCUCUCGCAUCUGCUUCGCUUCAGACCGCGCAGGCGCCGCUCGCGUCCGCGCCGCCGCAAACGCUGUCUGCAUCGUCGCUGACAGCCGUCGAAGGCCCGCCAGGAGCCGAGUUAGCGGGCGCUCCGCCGCCCUGUGCAGAGGGGGCGACUGCAGCGUCGCCGCUCGCGGUGUCGCAUCUCGCCGCGUCGCCCCAUCCAUCGCCGCCGCUGAAGGCGAUGGGGUCGCUUCGCUCGGGCGGGAAGCGCGGGGGCCGCGGUGGCAGGUCGUCGCAUCGCUCGAUGCUCUUUGGGGCCUUCAGGAAGUCGCAGGCAGGCGUGGGCGGCGUCGCAGGCGGCACGCGAGCGAGCGGCCUGGCGGGCGCUGCCGCGAAACACGGCGCAUUGAACGCACUCGGUCUCGGCGGCGUGGAGGGCGGCGUGGGUGCGGACAUGCUGUUGGACGGCUCGCUAGUGGCCGCCUCCUCGUCUGGAUCCCACGGUGUGCAUACCCCCGGGACGACGACGCGCGGGAGCCGCGUGCAGUGGGGCCGGUUUGACGCGCUUUUCCGUCGAGUGCCUGUGGGGCCGUUUGCACAGAGCAUCCUCGAGACGCUCAAGAGUUCGCAGGAGCGCCGCGCGGCCGCGGAGGAGGCGCGAGUAAUUGAAAAGAUUCUCGUCUCGCCGGGGCUGCGCCCCGACGUUGACACGCUCACCGAGCCGCCGCUGGAAGACAGAGAAGUCGUGGAGAGUCUCCUGGAGCUUUACGUCCAGCAAGUUGACGAGGCGCUGCGCCGCGCGCGCGAGCUGAAGCGCCGGGAGCGAAAGGCCGACCGCGAGAAGAAGCGAAGAGAAAAGGAGCUGGCGAGCGCCGAAGAGCGCGCGGCGAAAGACGACGGAGAUUCGCAGGAAAUCGCGUUGCAAGCGCGUGACAAGCAGACCGAGACCUCUGGCGGAGGCGGGGCGGACGCUCGGCCGAGUGACCCUCGAGAGACGACUGAGGGAUCUCCUGGGCAAGAAGGAGAGCAGGGACCCAGCAGCAAAGGGGUCGACGAAGGAAGCUCAGCAAGAAAGCGUGGCGCGCCGGAUAACGUGGCGAGCUCGUGCGCUGGCGAACAGUCGGGCAGCGAAGCGACAAAGCGGCGGAAGACUGAGGACGCGCGUGGGGAGCUCUUGCCGGCAGAGCUGCCGUCGCCUGCGCCGCAGGGGCUCUCUCUUUCGAGUGCGGAUAGGCCACAGGAGAGCGGAAUGGACGUGGCGUCCGCCGUGGCGCCGGAGCUGAGUGCGGCGGGCGGUCUGUCCCCCCCUGCUGGCCGGGCGGGGACGGGGGGUGCCGGCGAGGAGCUGCCGGGAGAGAAUAAGGAAGGCGGCGGGCCUGCUGCGCCUGCUGCGGAGACGAAGAAGCGCGAGAGGCGGCACGCGCACUCUGGGCAGGACGACGAUCGCGAGGAUGAAGAGGAGGUCUGUUUGCCUUUCACGGCGCUCGUCGACUUUGGGCCUGUGGCCGCGUGGAUCCUCUUCGAGGCCGUCCCUGGCGAGCCGCAGUCCGCGGACGAUUUCGAGAUCUUAGAGCGCCUCUGCGCGAGUGGCUGCCUCCGCGGGGCGGGGGGCAGCACGGGAUCUCCGUCGCCGCCCCAGUCGCGCAAGACUUCGUCUUCUUGCCUCCUCGACGCGGGUCUCCCGUCGUCGCUCGGCAUGGUCGGCUUUCCCCCGCCGUCUUCCGCGUGCGCGGGAGCCCCGGGGGGCAACGACCGCCAUGCGUCGCCGACGGGGCGAGGCGGGGUCGGCGCCGCCUGGAGAGAGAAAGGCAGCUCGGGCGCGAAGGGGCUGCUCGCUUCACCGCGUUUCAGGCCGCCUGCCGACGUCCCAAAAACGCCCGGCUCGCCCUCCGCGGGCGUGGCUGCAGCAAGCGAGCGCGCCGGCCGGCGCGGCGCGGCAUCGCUGAAGGGUUGUGACUAUUUCUCCCAGAAGGCCGCGCCGGGCGAUGAGGGUCACGCGGGCGGCAAGCGGAAAGGCGACGCGCGGGGGCUCGCCGGCGGCGAAGCAGCAGAGGCCGCCCCUCGGCGCGGCCAUAAGCGCGAAGGGAAGGAAGAAACCGCAGGGGGGCGCGAGGAGGAGGAUGCGCUGCGCGGAGCCCUGUCGGGAGAGGGCGAAGGUGAGGGGAGCAAACCAGAAGAGGGCGCCCGGUACCGCCUUGUCGUGAAGGCGUUCAAAACACUGAGUUUCUACCAACUGACUUACUGCAGACGACGCCUGCAGCAAGUCUUCCUCAGGCCACAUCGCCACCCGCUGUACCGACAGCUGCUUCAGGUGGAGGCGCGGCAUCGGGAGCGACGCGGAGAAGACAGACAGACAGAGGUGGAAUUCUGCGACAGGGUGCAAACCGACCGCGAGGAAGGCGACGCGGAGAAAGACCAGAGAGUCUUUCCGCUGCUGCAGCUCUCCAAGAUGCUCGCGGACCAUCAAAUCACCGCCACCUCUUUCCUCCCUCCAGACAAGGGGCGGCACAAACAUGGAAAAGACGCUGUCGCCUCGCCCAAGAAGGGCGCCGGGGCGUCGCCGACUACCGGCGUCAAGACCGAGAUUGCGCCGGGGCGCAAUGCAGCGGCGGCGAGUGUCUCCUGGGUCACACCGCUGGAGGCCGGGGGCGGCAGCCUUGGGCCCGACGGGGGCGACGCGCAGAAUCUGUCCGUCGCCGAGGCCGCUUCGCCUGCUGCGCGAUCGAGCGCCGUUGAGGAGGGUGCGCAGAGACGAGGAAAGGACCUGGCGCCAGCGCCGGCGCAGAAUGUCGAGAGCGCGGGGCAGGGCGGGGUCUUUGCGAGUCUUCGUGUCGACGAGCUGGAUGACAGAAGCGUGUCGCCGCUCCCCGUCACGUCGGCCCCGAGCUUCGUCUCUGGGGGAGCCGCCGAGGAGGGGAAGAAGGGCGAGGCGCUGCUGCUCCACGAUGGCCUUGGGAUUGCGGCGUCGCCUCUCCACGCGGGCGCCUGGUCGCGCGUCGGCGGCGACGCCGCGGCCUCGUCCUCGCUGGCUGCUGCGGCCUCGCCGUCGGCGGCAUCCGCCCGCGCGGCCCGCUGGCCGCCCGCGCCACGCCCCCGCGACUUCCUUGACGUCGAGCCGGAGGGCGAGGGGCAGUUGGGCGCCGCGGGGCAGGCGGGCGCCUGCGUCGUCACGGUCGGAGGCCAUCGUUGGUUUGUCAAGCCCUGGGGCUGGAAGGAAUCGCCCUACGCGAGCCUGGUGACUGGUGCUGACGACUUCGUCGGCUUCCAGUGCGCCCAGUUCCUCCAAGUGAGUGACAGCGAACCGCCUCGGAACAGAGGGCGGGGGGUGAGGGGGGGUGGGGGGAUGAGAGAAAGAGGAGAGAGGAGGGAGGGAAGGAGCAGAGGGCGAGCGGGGACUGUCAGGCGGGCGUUUGGCGGUACGCCGAGGUUUUGUGGCGGUGCUCAGUCGCGACCGCUUGUCUGCUGCAGCUGA